AAUAUAUCAUUAAUUAACCCUCGAACUCUCUCUUGUUGAAGAUGGCUGGAAGAGGGAAGUCAGUGGGCGCAGGAGCCGUGAAGAAGGCACAAUCCAGGAGUAGCAAGGCCGGUCUGCAGUUCCCUGUCGGCCGUAUUGCACGUUUCUUGAAAGCCGGAAAGUAUGCUGAACGUCUCGGCGGUGGAGCUCCCGUCUAUCUCGCCGCCGUCCUUGAAUACCUAGCCGCUGAGGUGCUGGAGUUGGCCGGAAACGCUGCAAGGGACAACAAGAAGACUCGAAUCGUUCCAAGGCACAUUCAAUUGGCCGUCAGGAACGAUGAGGAACUUAGCAAGUUGCUUGGCGAUGUAACCAUUGCUAAUGGCGGUGUGAUGCCUAACAUUCAUAGCACCUUGUUGCCUAAGAGGGCUGGCGCCUCCAAGGAUGCUCGUGCUGAUGAUGAUUAAACUUUCUGUUUUACAACAGAUGUUUAGGAUUCGAUCUAGGGUUAGUGUUUCUAUUUCUUCAUAUGUUCAUAUGAAUUUUAGGGUUUUAUCAAUUUUAGGGUUUUAUUCUAGGGUUUCUGCACAUUGAUGGAUACGGAAUGAAUAUGAUAGCGAUGAUUUCUAGUUCCA